UGAUGCUACCAAAAUAUAUUUAAACAUUUCGAUCCUACCAAAAGUUCUAUAUCAAGAUGAGUGGUGGUGGAGAAGGAGGUGAAGAAGGACUUGAUUUGCAAUUUACUCCAACAUGGAUUGUUGCUCGUGUUUGCACCGUCAAUGUUGCCGUUUCAUUUGUCGUUGAUCGUGCUCUUCGUUAUAUUGGCAAGUUUCUGAAGAAGAAAAAUAAAAAACUACUCUUUCAAGCCUUGCAAAAUAUCAAAGAAGAGUUGAUGUUGUUGGGUUUAUUUUUCAAUUUUUGAAUGUAACACAUAAUAAAAUCACAAAAAUAUGUGUUUUUGAGAAUUGGACUCAUCAUAUGGUUCUUUGAAGUCUUGUUGGUAAAACGAUCUGCUAGACAUAUUUUAGGUGAUGAUCAUCCAUCAACAGAAGAAACACUUGGAUACUGUUCUGUUAUGUUGAAAAGGAAAUUUUGAGUUUUGAUCCUUUUUAUCUUAUUCAAAGUUUUAAAUUUUGGCCGCAAUUUUAUCACAAUUUUUGCAAUUGUGGAAAAUUAAAUACAAGAUUAUUAAAAUAAGGAAAAUUGCAAAAUUCAUAAUUGUGUUUGCCAUGCGGUUGCAAUUGUUGAAACUUUUGAACAUUUACAUUAGACACAAAUUUUUUAUAUAUAUAGUUUAUUUAUUUAUUUAUUUGCCAUUCAAUUAUAUUUAUUUGCCAUUGAGUUAAACUAUGGUUGAAUAAUUGAACUGAUUGAACCAUAACUCAAAGGUUUUGAUUUAAGAUGUCUUCUUGUUGUUUGAGAUUGGAACACAUAUUUAUAUUUCUAGGUUGAUUUUGUUCCUGUCAUUGUAAGUCUCUUCCUAGCUUUGUUUCCAUUGACAUCUAUGCAUACUCGUAUAUAUUUUACUUUA